UUUCUGGUUCCACUCUAUUAGAAAAGCCUACAGUCAUAUCAGCUGGAUUGCUCUGGGCUCUGAUUGUACUAUGGCUCCUACAGCCUUCCCAGCCUCCCUCCUCUGUGUGUGCCUGCUGCUGGCCUCUGGCUUGGCCCAGGCAGGCAGGCUGCUGGUGGUGCCCAUGGAUGGGAGCCACUGGUUCACCAUGCAGAUGAUUGUGGAGAAACUGAGCCACAGAGGGCAUGAGGUGGUGGUAGUCAUCCCAGAGGUGAGUUGGCAGAUGGGGAAAUCACUGAAUUGUACAGUGAAGACAUACUCAAUUUCUCACACUCUGGAGGACCUGGACAGAGCAUUCAAGUAUUUUUCUGACACUCAAUGGAAAACUCCAGAGCACAGUAUACGUUCUCUCGGGACAGGCUCAGCCAGACCUUUCUUUGAAAUAAUAUUUUCACACUGUAGGGGUUUGUUUAAUGACAAGAAGUUAGUGGAAUAUUUGAAGCAGAGUUCUUUUGAUGCUGUGUUGCUGGAUCCUUUUGAUGUGUGUGGACUGAUUGUUGCCAAAUAUCUGUCGCUCCCAUCAGUGAUCUUUGCAAGACUUGCAUUUUGCUACCAUCUUGAAGUGGGUGCCCAGUGCCCAAGUCAUCCUUCCUAUGUUCCUAGACUUUUCUCGAAAUACACAGACACCAUGACUUUCAUGGAGAGAGUGUGGAACCAUCUCUCCUACAUGAAGGAACGUGCAUUUUGCCCCUAUUUUUUCAAAACUGCUGUAGAAAUUGCCUCUGAAGUUCUGCAGACCCCAGUGACUAUGACAGACCUCUUCAGCUCAGUGUCCAUUUGGAUGUUUCGCACUGACUUUGUGUUGGAGUUCCCCAGACCUGUGAUGCCCAACAUGGUCUUUGUUGGAGGGAUCAACUGCCUCCAGGGGAAGCCACUUUCCAAGAGUGAGCCAGAGGAAAGCAUCCCACAUCUGAAAAUGCCACAAUGCCACCGGAUCAUUUGUCUUCUAACCUAGAAGAGGCGUUUAGAGAGACAACAACAACAACAAGAACAAAACUCCUUCAAGCUGCAUUUAAUGUUUUCGUAAACAUUGAGAAAACACUUCAAGUGUCGGAGCAGCAUUCAGUGUGUGGAGGUUGUUCUCCAUAGGAGACUCACUCAGAUUGCACAAAGUUCAAAACUUUUGAUAUGAUACCUAGUAUGUAAUGUCUGUGAGUUUCUGGUUUUUAAGAACACACGAGAUAAAACAGAAUUUUACAUUUCAGUGUUGGACAGUUCAACAGAAAAUUCAAAGUGGCCAGAGACUUGUCACAACAAUCAUAGUAUUCUCAUAUACAGAAAUAUGAAAACCACUUGUUGACACAUUCAGAGUUCCAUAACAGUACUAAACUGAAAACUAAAGUACAUCUGCAGCUGACCUGGUGCAAACCCAUGUUGGCCCUGUGUACUCCGUGUCAGUAUCUGUGAGUUCAUAUGAGCUUUGCUGAGUUUUUUUAGAGUGCUUUACUCUCCUGGUGCCCUCUGUCAUUUCCUUCUCCCCAAUUCUUCCUGCCUCCUCCUCCUUGGAGUUCUCUGACCUCUGAGGGAAGGGAUUUGAUGGAGAUAUCUCCUUUAGAGCUGUGUACUUCAGGGUUUGUCUCUCUGAAAUGUCUUGCUGUGGGUCUCUGUGUUUGUUCCCAUCUGCUGCAAGAGGAAGCAGCUAUGCUGAAGGCUGAAUAAGACCCUGACAAUGAGUCCAGCAGAACACCAGUGGGAAUCACUUUAUUGUUACCUCUUUUUAAACCUUCCCACAGUAUUUGGUUUUGCCUUGGCUCUUGAGGCUAUCUAGACCCAAGCAGUGUUAGCAGUGAGUUCCAUCUCAUGGAGUGGGCCUUAAGUUAAAUCAGACAUUGGUUGGUUCAUCUCACAAGGUUUGUACCUCCAUUGCUCUAACAUAUUUUAUAGUCACAACAGAGUGUAGGUCAAACAUACUCUGGUUGGGCUGAUGAUUACUUUUCUUUUACUAUCCUGCAGCAUCCCUUUCCAUGGCAUAGACGCUANAGCAUGGGUGUGAAGGUUCUAGUAGGCACCAGCUCCAGCUUUCCAUGUUCAGUGAGUUGUGUGUGUUUUGUCUUCAACACUGGGACCUUGCUGUCAGGGUUGUGGUGAGCAUCCUAUUGUCUUGGCAACAGCCUGGGUUGUUUGGUGAUUUCCAUGAUUUUCUUUUGGCUAACAACUGAAUUACAUCAAACCCAGUCCCAGUAUUGCAAGCUUAAUUAGAUUACAAGAUUUGGCUGGCAGGGUAUUUUCUCCUUUGCCUUAUGGAUGCUUUAUUAGGAUUGCCUUCCUAUUAUAAUUAUAGGAAGUUUCCACUGCACUAGGUUUGUACAGGGCCAUUCAAAUGCUCUUCAAUUUUAGCUGGCUCUUCCAACAAACCCCUCCUUAGUAUCUUUUCUCCUCACCCUCCCCAUCUGACUCCUCUGCUCUGAUGUCCUCUUUUGGCUGCUGUCCACCCAUAAAAUCUAUUCUAUGUUCCACUCUCAUUGAGAUCCAUGUGUCCCUCCUAGGUCCUUCCUCUAUGCCUAACCUUCCAGUUUCUAUGGAUUGUACCUUGAUUAUCACUUACUCAAUGGCUAAUAUCCAAAUAAAAGUGAAUGCAUACAAUAUUCUUUCUGCGUCUGAGUUUUCUUAGCAAACAUGAUUUAUUUCUUAGAGCCAUACAUUUGUCUACAAAUUUCUUGAUGUCAUUUUUAGGGGGGUUUGAGACAGGGUUAUUCUAUGUAGCCCUGAUUGUCCUGUAACUCACUGUGUAGACCAGGCUGGCCUUGACUUCAGAGGUGCACCUGCCUCUGACUCAUGAGUGCUGGGAUUAAAGGUUUGUAUCAGGACCACCUGGCUUAACUUCCUGCUUGACUGCUCUAAGAUUUCAGGUGUGUUAUUUUCAUGAUCAGUGUAGCUAACCUGGGCUCUUUUUGUUUCAAUAUGAAUUUGAAAAUUGACCUUUUCGUGUCUGAAAAGAAUUGUGAUGAAAUUUUGAUGAGGAUUACAUUGAAUCUGUUGAUUGUUUCAGGUAGGGUGACCUUUUAAACUAUGACAAUCCUACAAAUGCAUGAGCAUGGGAGAUCUUUCCAUCUUCUGAUAUCUUCUACCAUUUCUU